AGGCUCAUGACAGACUACCUUGAAUUUCUCUUAGGAGCAAUGUUCAUGGUCAGUCCUGCAUUUGGAAUUUCUCCCUGCUCUACUGAUCAUCAGAUAGCCUUAUACAGGUUCUGCAACCUCACUCAGAUUCCCCACGUCUUCAGCACCACUGAGCGCCUCCUACUGAGCUACAACUACAUUGGGACAGUCACUUCCCUAUCAUUCCCUUUCCUGGAGCAGUUGAAGCUGCUAGAACUUGGGACCCAGUUUACACCUCUAACUAUUGACAAAGAGGCCUUCAGAAACCUGCCCAAUCUUCGCAUUCUGGAUCUGGGCCAGAAUAAGAUAGCCUUCUUGCAUCCUGAUGCUUUUCAGGCACUACCCCAUCUGCUUGAACUUAGAUUGUUUUCCUGUGGUUUCUCAGGUGCUAUACUAAGAGGUGGCUAUUUCAGAAAUUUGAAAUCCUUAACUCGCCUGGAUCUAUCAAAAAAUCAAAUUGAAACCCUUCAUUUGCAUCCUUCAUUCCAAGAAUUGAAUUCCUUAACAUCCAUAGACUUUUCCCUCAACUAUGUAGCCUCUGUAUGUGAGAGUGAGCUGAAGCCUCUGCAAGGGAAAACGUUCUCCUCCUUUAGUCUUGCAUCUAAUCACCUGUACCUUAGUAUCUCCAUGGACUGGGGAAAGUGCAUGAACCCAUUCAGAAACAUGUCUCUGGAAACCCUGGAUGUUUCUGGUAAUGGCUGGGAUGUGGCUAUCACAAGAAACUUUAGUAGUGCCAUCAGUGGGAGCCAGAUUGUCUCUUUGGUUCUUGCCUACCACACUAUGGGUUCUGGAUUUGGCUUCCAGAACAUCAGAGACCCUGACCAGACCACAUUUGUUGGCUUGGGGAAGAGUUCACUGAUUCAACUGGACCUUUCACAUGGGUUUAUCUUCUCUUUAAAAGUCCAGCUCUUUGAGACCCUCAAGGAAUUGAAAGCCCUGAACCUUGCCUACAACAAAAUUAACAGGAUUGUAGAGGGAGCUUUUUAUGGACUUGACAACCUCCAAGUUCUCAAUCUGUCAUAUAACCUCCUGGGAGAGCUUUAUAAUUUUAAUUUCAAGGGAUUGUCAAAGGUAGCCUACAUUGAUCUACAGAGGAACCACAUUGGGAUAAUUCAGGAUCAAACAUUCCAAUUCCUGAAAAAUUUAAAUACCUUGGAUCUCCAGGACAAUGCUCUUAAAACCAUCCAUUUUCUUCCAAGCUUGUCUGCUCUCUUCUUGGGUGGCAAUAAAUUAGUGACUUUAUCAAACAUCAGGCUAAGGGCUAACUUCAUCCAGUUAUCAGAGAACAGACUAAAAAACAUGGACGAUCUCUACUUACUUCUCCAAGUGCCUCACCUUCAAACUCUGAUUUUAAAUCAAAAUCUCAUUUCCUUGUGUAAUCAAACCCGUGCCCCUUUAGAGAACUCCAGCUUAAAGAAACUUUUCCUUGGAGAAAAUAUGUUGCAACUUGCCUGGGAAACUGGGUCCUGUUGGGAUGUUUUUAAGGGGCUGUCUCACCUCCAAGUCCUGUAUUUGCACAGUAACUACCUUAGUUUUCUGCCUCCCGGGGUCUUUAGCCACCUGACUGCAUUGAGGGGACUCGAUCUCAGCAACAACAGACUGACAAGUCUUUCUCCUAAUGAUUUACCCACUAACUUAGAGAUCCUGGAUGUAUCCAGGAACCAGCUCCUGUCUCCUAAUCCCAGUCUGUUUGCAUCACUUAGGAUGGUGGACAUAAGGCAUAAUAAUUUCAUCUGUGAAUGUGAACUUAACACUUUUCUCCAUUGGCUCAAUCAGACAAAUGUCACCAUAUUUGGGUCUCCUGAAGAGUUAUACUGUGUGUUCCCUGAGUCUCUCACUGGAGUCCCCCUGCAUUCUCUUUCUGUCAAAGGGUGUGAUGAAGAGGAAACCAUGCAGUCCAUACGGUUUGCUUUUUUUGUCUUCUUCACUGGAAUGUUGAUGUUAUUCCUCGUGAUUGUCCUCGUGGUCACCAAGUUGCGGGGAUCUUGUUUCCUCUGUUAUAAAAGUGCUCAGAGACUACUGCUGAGGGACCAUCCCAUGCACCCAGUACCUGAUCAAUAUAAAUAUGAUGCCUAUUUGUGCUUCAGUAGUAAAGACUUCAAAUGGGUGCAGAAUGCUUUGCUCAAGCACCUGGACACACAGUACAGUGACCAAAACAAAUUCAGUCUGUGCUUUGAAGAACGAGAUUUUGUCCCAGGGCAGGAUCACAUCGUCAACAUCCAGCAUGCUAUCUGGAACAGCCGGAAGGUUGUUUGUCUUGUGAGCAGACACUUCCUCCAAGAUGGUUGGUGUCUUGAAGCCUUUAGCUUCACCCAAAGCAGGUGCUUAUCUGACCUCGACAAUGUCCUCAUCAUGGUGGUGGUUGGAUCCCUUUCUCAGUACCAGCUGAUGAAACACCAGUCCAUCAGGGCAUUCGUACAGAAGCAGCAGUACUUGAGGUGGCCCGAGGACCCGCAAGACAUUUACUGGUUUCUUAACAAACUCUCCCAACAAAUACUCAAGAAAAAUAAGAGAGACAGUAACAUUCCUUUGCAAACUAUAAUGACCAUCUCCUAG